AUGGGAGACACUAAGUCGAAGAAUGCGGUGGCCCUGGGCUGGUGUGUGAUAAAGGACGUGGAGGUGAUAGAGUUGAACAAGCGUUCUUCGGGCCAGGCCUUCGAGGUCAUCCUGAAGCCUCCGUCAUUUGAUGGCGUCCCAGAGCUCAACGCUACCAUGCCCCAACGCAGAGAACUCUCCAUGGAGGAGAUCCAGAAGAAACUAGAGGCUGCAGAGGAGAGGAGGAAGUGCCAGGAGGCUGAGCUGCUGAAGCACCUGGCAGAGAAGAGAGAGCAUGAGAGAGAGGUGAUCCAGAAGGCCUUAGAGGAGAACAACAACUUCAUCAAGAACUCCAAGGAGAAGCUGGAGCAGAAGAUGGAGGCCAACAAGGAGAACAGAGAGGCUCUGCUGGCGGCCAUGUUGGAACAACUGCAGGAGAAGGACAAACAUGCAGAAGAGGUGAGGAAAAAGGUACUAGCUUUGGCAGACGCRGUGGACCUGGACUGGUGUGUGAUAAAGGACGUGGAGGUGAUAGAGUUGAACAAGCGUUCUUCGGGCCAGGCCUUCGAGGUCAUCCUGAAGCCUCCGUCAUUUGAUGACUAG